CGGGGUUCCCCAACAAGAAAACCCUGUGCAGGAGAUCAGCCCUGUCACAACUUUCCUUUGAGACUUAUAUCUUACGAUACCAUCCACCGCAACUAUGUCUGUUCCCGCCUUCUCCGACAUUGCCAAGCCGGCCAACGAUCUCCUCAACAAGGAUUUCUACCAUCUCUCUGCCACGACCUUCGAGUUCAAGGACACCGCUCCCAACGGUGUUGCCUUUAAGGUCACUGGCAAGUCGAGCCACGAGAAGGCUACCUCUGCUGCUAUCGAGGGAAAAUACACCGACAAACCUACCGGCCUGACCCUUACCCAGACCUGGAACACCGCCAAUGCUCUAGACACCAAGAUCGAGGUCGCCGACUCCCUCGCCAAGGGCCUCAAGCUUGAGGGUCUCUUCAACUUCCUCCCUGCUACCGCCGCUAAGGGAGCCAAGUUCAACCUCCACUUUAAGCAGCCCGGUUUCCACGGCCGUGCCUUCUUCGACCUCCUCAAGGGCCCCGUUGCCAACGUCGACGCCGUUGUCGGCCACGAGGGUUUCCUAGCUGGUGCCUCCGCUGGCUAUGAUGCCAACAAGGCUGCCCUGACCGCCUACAGCGCCGCUGUUGGCUACGCUGCUCCCCAGUACAGCGCUGCCAUCACUGCCUCUGAUAACCUCAGCGUCUUCGCUGCCUCUUACUACCACAAGGUCAACUCCCAGGUCGAAGCUGGUGCCAAGGCUACCUGGAACUCCAAGACCGGCAACGCUGUCGGCCUUGAGGUUGCCAGCAAGUACCGCAUCGACCCUGUCUCUUUCACCAAGGUCAAGAUCAACGACCGUGGUAUUGCUGCCCUUGCCUACAACGUCCUCCUCCGUGAGGGUGUUACCCUGGGUCUUGGUGGCUCUUUCGACACCCAGAAGCUCGACCAGGCUACCCACAAGCUCGGUGCUAGCUUCACCUUCGAGGGUUAGAUUUCUCUCAAAAGUAUUGAAUCUCCCAAUCUUCUAGCAGAAAGCCCUCGUUAGAAUACCCGCUUCAGAGCUGUUCUACCCUCAACAGCUCCUUGUACCUUACAGGCUUGCAUUGCGGUGGUCUCGAGGGAUGUAGAUUAUG